GUGUUUAAUGGUGAUAAGAUGCCUCUAGUGUUGUUGUUAUCCCCAAUGACAUCACUUCACGCUACGCCGACGAGCCUCACGCUUCGCCACUAUUCGAACCGCACGAAGCUCACCUGCGCAGCUACAACAUUAUCACCACCUCCGCCAUGGAAACAGAGCCGUCGAGUUAUCUCCGUCUCCUUCUUCCUCUCUCGUCUCCUCCUCCUCCCCCCUAACAACGAUGCCAUGGCUGGUACCUUAAUUGAUAAAUAUGUCAAGAGGAAAAAACUUGAUCCACUUGAAGCAUAUGUACCACCAGUGAUUCUAGCUCAGCUACAGAUUCAGGAUCUUGAGGGAUUUUUGAAUGUGGAGAAACCUGAAUUCGAGGCGUGUAGACGCCAAUUACGUUCUGGUCCUGCUAGUUCUCUUCGUGUUAACAUUCGAGCUGUUGCUCAGUAUGCUUCAGAUGAUGGUUUUUCCAAAACUGCGACUGAUGAUGUUGAUCGAUGUUUAAGAGCAUUGGAAGAACUGGAUUCGUUGUUUCUACGAGCGUCGAGGAAAGAUUCAAAAGCUACUGUUCAAUUGAUGAAGUCUCAGCUUGGAACAGCGUUAACCGCUCUGGACAGCCUUCUACAAACGGUUCCUUCUCAAGUACUUGAUAAAGGGAAAGCUAUGGUGGAAGUCUACAGAUCAGCAUCUGAACAAGAUGCCAAUGUUUCAGACUCCCCUGAGAUACAGCAGCUCCAGUCCAUACUGUGAUUUACCUCUCAACACAGACUUUUUACUAUUCCAAAGUAGUUGUCCAUCUUACAACAUUGGUAUCAAAACUCUUCUGAUUUUAUGUAUAUCCUGUAUCCGUGUUCAACAUUUGCAUAUAUUAAAACCUGUUCAGUAGUAGUACGACAGGUUUUACCAACUCAGCAUCUAAAAACAUAUCGGCAUAUACCAAACGUAUACAGCUAUUCAGUUAUGUGAUGAUGACACAUUCAUAUU